UGGUUCCCAAAUCUCUAUUGAAAAGUGUUAAGAGCGUAGACUUGGACUAUUUUAAGGGGUUUAACAUUUUAACUGUGUGCUCAAAGAGUGUUGGUGAUGGCGGACAUAGUCGCCGACCUGAGCACUCUGUGUUUUGAGAGCGGGCUCGCUGACGACGAAAAGAAGUUACUUUACCUCCGGGCGCGCUCGGCUGGACUGACAUUUUGCGGGUGCGCGCACGCAGCUUUCGUGUGUGAGCUCAUUGACUCGCUAAGAUGUGCCAUCAGAAGGCGCACAGCGAAAAUCAGAAAGCCAGUGGCACCAGGAGAGCACGACGACCUCCGCGUGGGUAUACUUGGGAUGGGCCAUCUGGGAAAACAGCUGUGCCAAGCACUUCUUGAAAAGACCAAAAUCAAACCCUCACAUAUUAAGAUCUCCACUAGGAGACCAGAGUUAGCAGUGGAAUUUGUCCAUACAGAAGUUGAAUGUUUCUUUGACAAUCGCAGACUGGCAGCAUGGGCGGAUGUUCUUUUCCUUUGCUGUCUGCCCUCUCAAAUCCCAAAAGUCUGUGUUGAUCUCCGCUCUCAUCUGGCAAAACACUGCCUCGUGUACAGUUUCACCUCUGCCAUUCCCGUCACCAGAUUAGCUAAGCUUCUUGGACACGACUACAUCCUGAAGCCAAAGUAUGACGUUGUCUCUUGUGACACUGUGGAUGUUUGGCUGUCCUGCAGUCAUGUGGCCUCAGCUUUAGCAGAUCCUUUGCUGAUAGAAGCAUCGUGUCCUCUCACAAUGAAAGGAGGUAUUUCUCUGGGUCUGAACUGGGUGUGUGCGGUGCUGUAUAUCCUGUUGAAUAUCUGCACCUCUGCCAGUCUGGGAUCCAGUGAGGCUCUCCUCUUAAUUAAAUCAAUAUUUAAAGAAAAAUGUGGAGACACUGUGCAAUUAAAUGCACACAGUUUCAUCAAUUCAUCCUAUGCAUCUUCUCUUCUCUCAGAUGAGCCUUUUCCCUGGAUUUCACUUAUGGAUGCCCAGAUCAGGGAGACCCCGCUGCUGCGCUUUCUAUCAAGCAGUAAAUCUGUGCAACAGUGCCUCUCUGCAGCUUAUAAAUCCCAGAUGGAGACACCAGCAAAGUGACACACUGAUCAGCCACAGCAUUAAAAUCACUGAUACGUGAACUCAG